AUGAAAAAAAAGGCGAACUUGCCUUCAAUUGUCCAAGCCUCACGUCAUGGAAAGAGUUACUUUGUUGCAGCGCACACUGGAGUAAACCCGGAGAAAUGGCCCUGACCCGUGCCGUGUGUUGAUAUUUUGGAGGAGGACAUUGUUUGCUUGCGGAUUCUGCUUUUUUCCUCACAUUCAGAGCAUCGAGUGAAGAUGCGCAGGAACCUGUUUACAAGGAAAACGCAGCAAGUUUCAGUCUGAGGGAAUGCGGUCUUAAACUGCACAGGGAUACCAUUACUCAUCCCUCUGUUUUUCCUCCCGGCAGGCCACUUUGUCUUGGAAAUAUCUUCAUCGAGGAUCGUUUUUGUUGAGAAUCAAGUGUCUGUUAAGUGAUCAACGCCAGGUUGCUGAGGAUUAAAAACCACCGUCGCUGCUUUCGGAGGAGCUCGUUGGCGUAAACACUUUUGUUUUUGAACCUGUUUUUGUUGUAUGAUGUGGAAGGAGGUAGAGAGUUUGUUAUGAGAGAGCUGUUGUGUUGCAGAGCCUUUAUAGCAGAAAGUUAUUGUUAGACUGUUAGGCAUAAUAGAUAAUAAGACAAUAGAGCGACAGCCUCAAUGGGCUGAGGAUGCUAGUGGUCACAGUAGGCAUAUCUUAGACUUUUUCUGUUGGCUGAUAGAAGUAAUAGGUUUGCGCAACUGUUGACUUCUCCUGUGUUUACUAAGUGUCAGAUCAUUAAAUUUACAUCCUGCGCUGUUGUACACCUCAUCCCACAGCUGUCAUGUCAUUUGAGAUGAGUUUAAAUAUUACAGUGAGCUAGUGUCAGAUGUUUCCAGUACAGCAUGCAUCAAGACAGUAGCAUCAGUAUAAUCUAGGCACUAUGGGUAUGUAGAAUUUGUUGCUUUAGGACCCACUGGAGUAUCAAGAUGUCAGUGAAAGCCAAAGCAAUCUACACUUUUCAAAGUGAAAACAAAGAGGAGAUCAGCAUCCAGGAGAAUGAGGAACUGGUUAUCUUCGACGAGAACUCAGUGGACGGCUGGUUCCAGGGGGAGAACAGCCGAGGGGAGAGGGGUCUCUUCCCUGCAUCCUAUGUGGAAAUUAUUCGCACUCGCUCAAACUCCAACGUGACUGACUGCUCCAUAAGCCCGGCAGGAUCUUUAGGAAAUGACUCCUCCUAUUUCCCCUCAACCCCAAACACCCCUCUUCAUUUGCAGCAGGGUUACUAUGACGAUGACGACGAUGACUGGGAUGACUGGGAUGACAGAUCCACAGUGGUGGACGAUGGCGACCACACUAGGAGCCCCGGGGCCAAUGGACAUGCCCAUCAGAGCCCACUGUCAAACAACCCCAAUGUGCACUACCGAAGCAAACCACACAUGGAGAGACAGGACAGCAUCUCCAGCUCGAGGAAAGGCAGCAUGGUGGGCAGGAACUUGAACAGAUUUUCCAGCUUUGUCCGUUCAGGGGUCGAAGCGUUUGUGUUGGGGGAUGUACCCAUGAUGGCAAAGAUAGCUGAGUCAUACACCAUUGAGAUGGGUCCCAUGGGGCCCCUGUGGAAGGAUAGCCCACAGCCUUUCUCCUGCUCCAUUGAAGACCCCACUAAGCAGACAAAGUUCAAAGGCAUCAAGACGUACAUUUCGUACCGGGUGACGCCGAGCCACACAGGGCGUCCUGUCUACAGGCGCUACAAACACUUUGACUGGCUGUACAACCGCUUACUGCACAAGUUCACUGUGAUCUCCGUGCCUCACUUGCCCGAGAAGCAGGCCACGGGGCGAUUUGAGGAAGAUUUCAUUGAGAAGCGUAAGAGGCGACUGAUACUGUGGAUGAACCACAUGACCAGUCACCCAGUCCUCUCCCAGUAUGAAGGCUUCGAGCACUUUCUGAUGUGUGCUGAUGACAAACAGUGGAAACUGGGCAAGAGACGGGCUGAGAAGGACGAAAUGGUGGGUGCCCAUUUCAUGCUGACCCUCCAGAUCCCUAACGAGCACCAGGACCUUCAGGAUGUAGAGGAGCGGAUCGACUCCUUCAAAUCCUUUGCUAAGAAAAUGGAUGACAGCGUGAUGCAACUCACACAUGUUGCCUCGGAGCUGGUUCGUAAGCACCUGGGAGGGUUCAGGAAGGAGUUCCAGCGGCUGGGAAAUGCCUUCCAGUCUAUCAGCCAGGCGUUCGCGCUGGACCCUCCACACAGCUCAGAGACCUUCAACAACGCCAUCUCCCAUACAGGCCGCACCUAUGAGAACAUUGGAGAGAUGUUCGCAGAGCAACCUAAGUAUGACCUCUUCCAUAUGCUGGACAAGCUGUCGCUCUACCAAGGCCUGCUCGCCAACUUCCCCGACAUUAUUCAUCUACAGAAAGGUGCCUUUGCCAAGGUGAAGGAGAGCCAGCGGAUGAGCGACGAGGGGAAGAUGGACCAGGACGAGGCCGACGGCAUUAGGAAACGUUGCCGAACGGUUGGGUUUGCCCUCCAGGCAGAGAUGAGCUACUUCCAUCAGCGGCGAGAGGUGGACUUCAAAGACAUGAUGCAGGCCUACCUCAGGGAGCAGAUAGCCUUUUACCAGCGUGUUGUCCAGCAACUGGAGCGCACCCUGCGUAUGUACGACUGUCUGUAAAGACACCAAACUGCUGCCUGGUUCAAGAUGCCAAAAAACAGAGAAUGAGAGGAAGAUCCAAGUCUUGACUCUUUUAUCAAGGCGUUUUGUGAUGGUCACGUUUGAUUCAGUUUGAAAGGACUUGUGAGACGAAGCAGUAGUUACUGGAAAGACGUACCAAGCCAGUCAGUCUUUCACUUUGAUGGAUUCAAAGUCAUGUUUUUUUUUUUUUAAAGACCUACUGUACCUUUUAUCUCUGAAAUACACAUCACACAUAGGCAAUGUCACAGCAUAUUGUUUAUUUUACAUAAUUUAAGGUGUUUGUAACAUUAAAAUAAGAAUAUAGGUUUCAAAAUCAUAGCGGAUCUAUUAGUUGAUUGUUAUUUAGUGUAACACGCCAUGAAACGGGUUCUGUUUUUAAAAUUGUCCCCUUCUCUCCAUCAUUAUGCACUUUGGCUUCUGCUGGGACUGAUUUACGUUGCUUCCAAAAUGUACAUUUAUACACCAAAAAACCAUAAUAUUCUGGUUAAUUUACCAACAUCUCAUAAACAUUCCAGGUGAUUUUUCUCAUCAGACCAUGAUAAGACCAAAAAAGUGCACUGUAUGCUAAAGUGAAAAGUCACCAUCAUCCUGUUGAGCGCUCAUCUUGCUCGGGUGGUCACUACUUCGAAAGUCACGUCUGCCUUAACUUUGCACCGUGUGGAAGACUCACUGAUAACUAUGUAAUUCAGUUAAUUAAUGUCAUUUUCCUACCUUUUUUUCCUACAGCAAGUGCCUGCAAGGAUCUGAGGCAUUAUGAUGGAAUGAAAAUAUGGUUAAAUGAACCAUUUGUCUGUCGCAUGGCUUGUGUUUUUUAUAGGGGACAUUUUUUGUCUUUUUUUUGUGUGUUUAGAAACAAGUUUGCACAUGUUUUUAUACAUAGUGGGUCAAAGUGUGUGGGGGUUGGUUUAUAUGUGGAUGAGCGAGUGAAAUGAGUCGUCUACUGUGCUGAUCAAUUUACUUUUCCAUGAUGGAAAAACAAAUAUAUUUUUUUGGUCAACUUGUAUGAAAAGUAGUCAGAUAGUUGAAUUGGAUUAACUGGUUGUGUGAGGCUGAACAUCAUGCUGAACUUAGCGUUUAAAUAUUUGUAUUAAAUCAUUUAGCUUACACAAGAUCAAAUUCUUCCUGUUACCAGAAUUUUGUGUUCGAUGUAGUCUGGGUAAAAAAAAAUAACGAUUUGAUGUUCAUAUCAAGUAUUUUAAACACCAUCUACUGUAAUGCAAAAAGAAAAGCACGUUAUAUCGUUCACAUUCUCUCAAUGCUGUACCCAGAAUAACUUAAAGGUAUAGUUUGAUUGGGAAAUACGCUUUCUCGCCACUAAUUAGAUGAGAAGAUUGCUUCCACUCUCAGGUCUUCCUUUUAAGUAUGAAGUUACAGCAGGUGGUUAGCUUAGCUUAGCAUAAAGACAGAAAACAGUGUUUAAGUGUAAAAAUGUCAUUUUAUGGUUUUAUGGGAGUUAUGACACGGUUCAUUAAAUAUGCCGGCACAUAAACCCCUUUAAAACCACAACUUACACUUGGUGCUGGUAAGCAGAUUUUGUAACCUUUGAAGGGAGCCAAGCUAACUGUUUCCCCCUAAUAUGCUAAGCUAAACAGCUGUCAGCUAAAGCUUUAAAUGAAUCCUGCAGACAUGAGAGUGGUAUCAGUCUUCUCAUCUAACUCCCGGCUGAAAUGCAAAUACUCAUAUUUCCCAAGAUGUUGAACUCUUCCUUUAAUAAUAAUACUACAUAUACCUUCUGCUCUCACUUUGUACAUUUAGUUUUUCCACACUCAACGAGAUUUGCGUGACCAUUGAGGAUUCUGGUCCCACUCUCCACUAUUCGAGUGAGUGUCACUAAAUAGAAGCUGUUCCAGUAACAUUACUAAUCCUGUUUAACGAGAAAUUUUUUUUAUGGCAACUUGCGGUUUGACGAGACUAUCUUUAGCGUUGUGUUAACCUUAGGUUUAUGUGGAGUCUGCGUUGCAAUUGUAAGCAUUACCUCAAGACGUGUAGGGAAUGUUUUUGUGAGCUUGACGCGCUUCUCCUCAAGCAGUUCCCAGUGUUCAUUUGUCAGCUGUGAGACACUGAUUCUUCUGAUUUUGAUGGAAGGGGGUUAGGUCUCUCAGUGGUGUGUUUGGGUUUUGGAUCGAAAUGUGAAAUGAAAAAUCAUUUUAUGACGUCUCUGCCUGGUGUUUGUGAGUUUCAGAAUUUGAAGUUAGAGCCUUAUUAUGGUUCUCUCAACAAAAAAGUGCUGACUCAGAGUGCAGGUUUCAGUAAACAAAUGGUAUGUGUGUGUGCGUGUGUGUUUGUGCGUGACUCAGAUAUGAGUGUUGUAUCAGUACUGUCCACAUCUGCAGCCUUUAACUCUCUGCUGUCUACAUGUGGUGUUGUUUAUGUUGGGGUUUAUUUUUUUUUUGAACAAACCUUUGCUUUUCAUACUAUUGCAUUUUUUUUAUUCUGUCAUUUGCACUCAUCACAGUUUCUUCAAGACCAAAGAAGUCAUACAUUUUCUACUGGGCUCCCUUUUUUUUUGUUCUGUUUGGUUGUAGUGAAAUUGAAUGUGCUCUCUGGUUUUGUAAUUGAAUCUGUUCUACUCUGAGGAAAAUGUGAAGAGAGCAUUUGGAAAAAGUAAAAAAACAUUCCACAAAGAAAGUAUAAAGGACACCAAAGGCAAAGACAGAUUUUGGGCAAAAGAAAGAGUGAAAAACCAUUCGAAGAAGUGCUUGCAGCCCCAAUCAGGUUUCAUGGUGACACUUUCGUCUCAUGUUCCAAAGCUGCAUAAUGAGUUAAAUGCCAGACAUUUCACACAAGUGGUGGUUUCUUAACAUGGAUGUGUGACCUGGUGAGCUGCAAGAGCGCUCUCUGAAAUAACAGAUGGAGGUUUUCAGUAAGUAAUUUGUCACUUGAUUCAAGGGGACCUAAAAAUCUUAAUAAAAGUAAUGAUGGUGAUCGUUGA